CGCUUCCAAGAGGCCCCGCCUCCUUCCUCGUCCUCUCAUUGCCGUCCAUCAAGCCUGGCGUUCUGCUGGUGUGGACGGGGCUGGUCGCGCGACGAUGGCUCAGGUCCUGCGAGGCGUGCGCGUGAUCAGGGUCUGCAACCCGCCCCUCAACACUCUCAGCCCUGUUGUAACACAGGCUUUAGAACGUGAUGUGAACCAGGCAAAUUCCGAUCCCACAGUGAAAGCUGUUGUGAUAUGCGGGGCAAAUGGCAAAUUCAGUGCAGGUGCCGAUAUCAGAAAUUUUGCCAACAUUGGCCAGAGCAAAUUCUCCAGUCUCGAGUCAGUUGUUUCUUUAAUAGAGAAAAGCGACAAGCCAAUGGUAGCUGCUAUUGAGGACUUGGCUUUCGGAGGAGGCCUGGAGAUAGCACUGGGCUGUCAUUACAGGAUUGCUAAUAUGAAGGCUCGGGUAGGUUUACCUGAGGUAACAAUAGGUUUACUCCCUGGUGCUGGUGGGACUCAACGGCUUCCUAGACAGAUUGGAGUACCAGCUGCAAUCGAUAUCAUCACUACAGGAAGACAUGUGCCAGCUACUGAAGCACUGAAACUGGGGAUCCUCGAUGAGGUUGUGGAAGAAAACCCAAUUGAAGCUGCCAUAAACUUGGCACAAAGAGUAACAGGUCAGCCAUUGGGACCUCGCAGACUCUGCCUGAAAGAAGUACCCAAACUACCCAACAUGGAAGCCUUCCUUGAUGAGGCUCGCCUGAAAGUCAAGAAAAGGGCAAAUGGACAGCUCUCGCCACAAAUGUGUUUUGAAGCUGUACGAGCUUCUGUGUACCUGCCCUUUGCAGAAGGAAUUCAGAAAGAGAAACAGCUCUUUAUGUACCUCUUGAGUUCGGGACAGUCUAAGGCAUUGCAGUAUGCCUUUUUUGCACAGCGAGCCAUGGAGAAGUGGGUGUUGCCCAACGGAGCUUCAUGGGGAACUGCAGACCCUCAGCCAGUGAAAAAAGCAGCUGUGAUAGGAUUGGGAACGAUGGGCCGAGGCAUCGUGGCUUCUCUGCUGAAGGCUAAAAUUCCUGUGGUGGCUCUAGAGCAGGACAAAAAGCAGCUGGAGGUGGGAAAGGCAGCCGUUAUGGCUCUGUUAGAACGUGAAGCUUUAAAAAUGCACCAGAAUGGCCAAAAACCAAAGAAGCCUAUAGUCCCUCAUUUUACUCUGGAUUUUGGUGCCCUGAAGGAUGUAGAUUUAGUUAUUGAGGCUGUGUUUGAGGAGAUAGCUCUCAAGAAGGAAAUAUUCCAUAAAUUGUCAGUAAUCUGCAAACCUGAAGCCCUUCUUGGGACUAAUACUUCCUACCUAGAUAUUGAUGAGAUUGCUUCUGUCACGGAUCGCCCUCAUAAAGUCAUUGGCAUCCAUUUCUUCUCACCGGCUCACAUUAUGAAACUAGUGGAGAUCAUCUAUGGUCAGCAGACAUCCCCUUCUGCCAUUGCUACUGCCAUGAGCCUAGCCAAAUCUAUGGGUAAAAUUGGAGUUGUAGUAGGGAAUUGUUUUGGUUUUGUUGGCAACCGAAUGUUAACCCAUUACUAUGACCAAGCGUAUUUUCUCAUAGAAGAUGGCAGCACUCCAGAAGAAGUAGACAAAGUUCUGCAGGAAUUUGGUUUCAAAAUGGGCCCCUUACGGGUGGGAGAUCUGGCUGGACUUGAUGUGGGCUGGAGAAUUAGGAAAGGGAAAGGCCAGACUGGAGACGCUCUGCCUCCUGGGACACCACCUCGCCAUCGGGAUGGCAUGCGAUAUAGUCCAAUCCCUGAUAUGCUGUGCGAAAUGGGAAGAUAUGGUGAAAAAACAGGAAAGGGCUGGUACCUAUAUGAUAAACCUGGAGGAAAGAUAGCUCAACCAGAUCCUUGGCUGCAUGGUUUUCUUUCUGAUUUUAGACGUACUCAUAACAUCACAGCACGCACUAUCAGCCAAGAUGAGAUUUUAGAGCGUUGCCUAUAUUCCCUUGCCAAUGAAGGUUUCCGAAUAUUAUCUGAUGGAAUAGCAUCUUGUCCAGAAGCCAUUGAUACCAUCUAUAUCAAUGGCUAUGCCUGGCCCAGACAUACGGGCGGUCCAAUGUUUUAUGCUUCUCAGGUUGGGUUGCCCAAGGUUUUAGCAAAACUGCAGGAGUAUGCUGAGGCUAAUCCUGACAUACCCAGCCUGCAACCCAGCCCUUUUCUGCAAAAGCUUGUAGCUUUGGGCAGCCCUCCUCUGAAAGAGUGGGCAUCCCAUGUCAGAUCUCAAAACAGCAAGUUAUGAUUUCUCUGUUAAGCAGUCUGUGUUGAAACAUUCUGACUGUUCCAGCCCAAACUGAAAUGUAGCAUGGAAUGAAACAGUGUGACUGUCUCUUCUGAUUUCAGUACAAAUGUACACACAGACAUGCACACUGUCUCUGUGAAUGAUAGAUCGCUGCUCACAAUGGUGCCUUUUAUCAUACUACUCCUUGAAAUGCUGCCUGGGGGUCUCGCUUAAAACACACACACCCAUCAAGUGAUGCUACCCAGCUUGUGGAUAAUAUCUUCAUGAACCUUAACUGAGCUGCCUAAAAUAAUAAUGAAGAUGAAAUGCAAAGCUUGAAAAAAAAAACCAAGAUACAUUCUUUAGGCUUGUGGUGUACUACAAUGCAGAGAUCCACAAAAGUAGAGCCAGGUACAAAGAAUGAAUGCGUAGAAUUAUAGUACAGUAUUCAGAGUCCGGUUUUGAGUACCAGAGCUGCGCAGAACUCUGUUCCAAACACAAAUCUUCUGAUUUCUCCAAGUUUUCUUCAUUAAAACAAUAUUUGGAGAAGGCUGUUGUAAAUCUUUCCUAAUCAACUAAUACUGACUAUAAAGAGAUCUACAGAACAGUUCAGAUCCACUUUUUAUUCACCUGACCUGCUUUUGAUUUUCUACACCCACUCUUCUUCCAUCUCUGUAUACAAUAUCCCAGCAGUCAGAUAUUUGCAAGAAACCUUAUGUCAUAAGAUUGCUUUUCUUUUGUAUAUUAAUAACUAUCCAGUGUUUAUGGUCUCCUGCAUCACUUAAUAAAUGCAUCAGUUGAAAACACCAGAAACUCUCAGAUUUUGUUCCUAUUUUUUCCAAUUUUAUUUUGAAAGUCUAGACAUGUAAUGUUUAUCCUAUAAUAUUUUCUGUCAGCUCUUAGUACCAUCAGAAAUGUUUAAGCCAGCUCUCUAGGUCAGAUUAUUUUAACCCAAUAUAGAAUCACAAAGAUAGCUUUUCAUUCAGUCUGGAUGUGCCUUAAAAUAUAAUUCUUCAGAAGUGUCAAGGACAUUCAACAGAAGAUGCCUCAAUUUUGUUUCAACUUCUUAUAACCAUUACAAGUACUCCUUUUCUUCCACAAUUAAAGCUCCUGAUAACAUUGGAGAAAACAAGUAGUCCAGUGCAAAACAAUUCAAAUACAAUGAAGCGUAAAAGAUCUACUGAGAAGAAGAAAAAAAGCUGAGGGGCUGCUAUAGGGAAUUCAGCUUCUGCCAUGUACACGUUAAUAGAAACUGAUGAAUCAUAGCAACAAAUAUUUCCAUGCUUUUUAUCUGGUUGCAUAAAGAAGUGCCUCAAUUCUGAUUGUUCUCUGCUUUUUUAAAAUUAGUGUCUUUCCAGCAGCUUACAGUCUCCUGGUUUAUCAACCUGUUCAUUUUUUUUACACAUGUACAAAGGGAUCUUGUAGCACCUUAAAGACUAAUGGACUAAUGUUUGAUUACACCCUCCAUCAUCUUCAUUUGUUUUAUUUGCCUUUGGUUUGCUGGGAAUCAUGGUACCUGAAAGAUGCUAUGUUCUAUUUGCCAAAAUAAUUGAGGAACAUAUUACUUGUUCAAAUACCUUUUGAAAAGCUCAGGGACUCCAAAAAGUUGGGAAAUGUAUCUGACUUUGCAAAGGAAUAUUAAUGCCCUUCUGUAAUUUUAAAUGGUAUCAGAAGUGCACAUGAUUGCUUUUGAUGUUCUUCUUAAAAUUGAUAUUUCUAUAAUUGAGAAGAUGAAAUUUAUGAUUAAUGAAAUGUAACAUCUAUUUUUCCUGAAUAAAAUAUUUUUAUUAAUCACA